UCCAGGGCACUUUUCACAAAGAAGUAAACCCUGGGAGGGAAGAACUUGGGGAACGGGAGAACACAAAAGUCUUUGAGGCUACUUAGGUGUGGAGUCCUUCUGUUUCCCUUCUCCCCUCCAGGAAAGAUGAAGCUGACUCUGGUACAGAUCUUCUUUAUGAUGUUGCUGCUGUUGCUGGGCGUGGGGGUGGGUCUGGGGUUGGGACUUCAGAUGGCUGCCGCAGUCCUGGAGGAUAGCAAUCAGCUCCUGAGUGAGUUUUGGUCUAGUGACUCAGAGGACAAGGCCCAGGCCACUAAAGGAGAGGGCAGCCGAACUACAGAAACCAUGCUGCUUAGCAACAAAGGAAUAGUGCAACCUGGCUGGCUGGAAGAGACCAUCCUUGGUGAAGAUGAAGUUGGAGGGAACAAGAUGCUCAGAGCUGAGGCUCCCUUGCAGAGCAACAAAGACAAUCUCAGGUUUGACCUGAUGGCCAGGGAAUGCAAUGCCCUGAUGGCACACAAGGUGAAGGAACACAACCACACAUGCAUAGCCCAAUACACUUUCAUCCACGAGGAUCUAGACACAGUCAGAGCUGUCUGUAAGAGUCCUGUUGUUGCCUGUGAGCUCAAGGGAGGCAAAUGCCACAAAAGCUCCCGUCCUUUUGAUUUGACAUUCUGCAAGUUAUCCAAACCAGGCCAAGUCACUCCUCACUGCAAUUACCUCACUUUCAUUUUUGAAAAGUUUAUUAUGAUAUCAUGUAAUGACAUGAAGGUCCAGGUGUUGUCUGGACAAUGAAGCAACUUCCCUUCUUCUUCCCCUUCCCCUUCUCCUCUUUCCCAUCCAUCCCACUUCUUUCUCAUACCCUUCUGCAGAAUACCCUAGGUGUUCUGCAAAAAAGUUCUGGGAAGAGAGGCUGGCUAAUUCUUUAUCACUGUCCUCUGAAAACACAAUUCUUCAUUGUCCUAGGUUUCACUCACACUUCAUUUUGUUCCUGGGAUUACAGGUGGUGGAAUAGGGUCAUGAUAUCCAGUCUCUCCAGGUCCUCCACCUCUCCUGCCCUGGAGAGAUCAGCAAAGAGCUGCUCUAGUCUCUGCUGUGAGUCUGAUCAUCAGUCUGUUCCCUGGUCUGUGUGCCUUUGGAUGUCCUUCCCCAUGACACAUGAGCCUCUCAGGCAAUCACUUGAGCCUCCUGGGAUUUCCAUGCAGCACCCCUGCACUGCAGAUGCAAAGCAAUGACUCUAUCUAGGACUGCAUCUGGUGAACCAUGUGGAUCAAGGUUUCUUUUCUUGAGUUUCCUAAAAUAGAAGCGUUAGGCAAGGGAUUGUGGACCUGUAUACACGAUUUAAUUAGCCUUUAAUUAAUUUAAGUAUAUAAUAUAUGACUCUAUGAAGUCAUAAGCAUCUUUGUAGAAGCAACUAUAUCAUAAGUUUCUUCUAUAUUUUUCUUUGGCACAUUUAUUGAUUAUCUGCUUGUUGAUCACCUGGACUUUUUCAGAAGUUAUAAAAUUUGUAUGAAACAUAGAAUCAGUCAAAAGGAGAAAGUUUUCUGACCCCUGUCAAAUAUUGUGCAGUCAAUAAAAACUGCUGAGUAGCCUAAUUCACAUUUCA